AUGGUUCAACUCCCUGGUGUGGUGACUGUCGCCUUUCUCCUCGCCGCUUUUCUUCCUUGGGCGCUCGGGAUCCGUGUAGAGCACGACGCAGCCCCGAGUUCUCUACCGACUUGGCGCAACACUUCGUCCGAAGAGCUCCGAAGCUUGCUGCUGGAAGAGCUCGCCAAGGAAGAGUCGUUGAAGACGCCCUCCGGAGGAGCUGGCUGGGCCUGGGCGCAGGGUUUCACACAUGCAAAGCAACAUCUGCAGCGCAUGCAUGCAAAGCAACAUCUGCAGCGCAUGCUGUGGGGCGGAGAAUCCGUUGCAAAGGCGUCGCACGACGAGACUUCGUUGAAGGAGCGGAUCGGAAGUAUCCGAAAUGCCUGGGCGGAGGGCGGUGUCUCAGGCUGCUUCCGGCAGCUCGGCAACGUGAUCGCCAACCUGACAGCCGCCUGUGAAGAACGGAACCCUCAAGAGCACUUUGUGUUUCAGUAUUACACACCGCCGCUCCCAAAGAAGACUUGCAAUGAGAGCGUGGACGACAUCUUCGUCCGUGGCAGUGCUUUGGUGGAGGCCAUGCAGGUUUCGAUAGACGACUUGGCAUCCCUCAAGCUGGACGGAGGCACCGUGGCCACGGUGCAUGCGCUCUACUUCCUGCGGGCCUGGCUGAUCCCCCUUGCCCGAACACACAGCCCUGCCAUGCUGUGGGCCGGUUUUUGGGAUGCGGACCCGAGAAAUCGCACCACCCUACAGACACUACAUGAGUUUGCCACUGCCACGGACCAUGCCACCGUCCAUCCCGACAGCUGGCUAGGGCAGGUCAUUAACAGCAACGAUGACCUAGUGGACUGCUACAAAGAAGCCACGCGCCAGCUGCUGACGAACAUGUGGGCAAUUGCCAGCAUGAGCUUCGUCUUAGGCAUGAUGGAGAGGCGACAAAGCACUGUUGUCGCCUUGGUCAACAAGGACAUGGACGGCGAGCGGGCACUUCAAAAGGCCGUUUUGUACGAACAUGAGAUCCCGACACUGGGAGUGGCUGCUUACGGCCUUGGCUACUGGUCGCCCCAAGUUCUGCUCAUCGACAUGCAGGGCACAUGCUCGCAGACCAGCCCGGCACUCCAGCGGCAGCUCUUGUCUCGCUUGGGCGCAUGGGUGAAGGCGAAGCAGGAGCAGCACUGGCGAUUGCAGGACUUCGUUCACCGAUCGAGGCUACAUUGGCGAUGCCUCGACUGUGCGAACGCUGAAACUUGCAACUUGGACUCUGCUUUGGCCCAGCAAGUGACGCAGCUGGUGGAGGAGAAGCAGCUGAAGAGCCAGACGGGCCAAGAGCUGCUGCUUGCAGUGGAGCAUCCCGGCAUGAACCAGGCCCGAGUUGAUGCAGAGGCUGCGAAUGAGGAGGAAAGGGACGUUUUAAAGAAGUUAGAAAUGAGCCUUCUGAAGAUGCACCGAUUUCAGGAAGCUCAGCACGUGUACGAGUACUACACAAAGUUCGGCAAGGGCCUGAUGUACAAUUCAGCUGACCAGGGCCGUGAUUUGCAGGACCUGGUUCGGAAGGCAGAUGCCAACACUGCCGACCGAUCCGGCCAAACAGUCCUGCAUGCAGCUGCCAGCAGGGGAUACUCGGAGUUGGUGGUGCUACUCCUGGAACACCGGGCAGAGGUCAAUGAGCCUGCUCGUGGUUGCUCUACGCCCCUUCACGGCGCUGCCCUGCAGGGCCAUUUGAAGGUGUCAAGACUUCUCAUCGAGCAUAAGGCCUGCGUCAAUUCCCGCAAUGAGCGCUUACAGACGCCGCUCCAUCUGGCUGCAGGGAGCCAGAAACCCGGCCGCUCCCAGGUGCUCGCAUUGCUCCUCGAUCAGAAGGCAGAAGUCAAUUCCCGCGAUGUCAACGGCGACACACCCCUGCACAAGAGUGCUCAUCGCGCAAUCUUUAAUCCUGCCAUGGUGGGACUGCUCCUGGCACACAAGGCGGAGGUAUCUCCUAGCAACGUGCACGGCGAUACACCUUUGACAUAUGCUGUUGGCCCCACAAGGGAUCUGUUGUUGCAGCACGGAGCGACGCCGUUCGGACUGUCUGGUUCUUACUAG